CUCAAUUAGGCGCGGUCGAGACGGGCAUAUGUCGGUAACGCUAUCAUUGCUCAUCCUACAACUUUAAUUUUUUGACUAUAAGAGAAGGAUAAAUAUUUAAAGAAGCAGAAGUUCAAUUGAAAAAAUAGUUUAAAUAAGGGAGAAAUACGACAUUAUAUACAAAUAAGUGAAAAUAUUGCAAAAUACUAAUAUAAGUGGACUUUCAUCACAUCGCAUUAGUAGUCGCUGUUUGAAAAGCUAGGGGUUAGCAUAACAUUUUACAAAUGCAUUGUGUUUUCGGACCGAAACUUUAUGUUUGGAUUUCGACGAUUCUUCCUUUUCUUUUAUUAGUGAACUGUCAUAGUAUUAGCAGAUCUAGCCCCACGUAUUUUGGCGAAGACACAUAUCCACGUAAGACAAUAGACAGGUAUGACGAUUACGGAGCAAAUAACAAACUUUGGAAGCUGAUAAAGAUUAUACUAGGGCGACAACAGGACAAUAUGAUAGCUGCGCCGAAAGAUGGCACCAUCGUUUCCGAUAAACGCAAUAUCGAAAAAAGGAUACACUUUAAAGAUGCGUUGAAGAAACGCAGUAUUGCUUGUUGUCAUAGUGUUGCUGAUAGAUGCGGGCAUUUUGCUGGGGGUCCCGGAUGUAUGCAAGCACUGGAGGCCCGGAUGUGUGGUUCCAUGGGACUAUGUUAAUAUACAAAUAGAAAUUCGAAGUCUUCGAAAAUCAAAAAAACAUCCCCAACAUCUGGGCAAAAUUAAAAUGUUGAACAAAUGAUUAAGAAAAUCGAUGGUGGCAAAAGUUUUACAGGUGGCCUGUGUAGGUGGCACUAUUGUUUGGCUAAGAUGUAUCUUUUGAAAAUACCAUCUUCAGAAAAUAUCCAUGCUUAAAGUAUGCUUAAAAAUAUGCUUAAAAAUACAGAACUUAUAACUGAGAAAUUCAAAUAUCUGUGAGGGGAGUGCGUCUCGUAUAUACACCUUCUUUAAAAUGUAUUUACAAUUAUUUGUAGUUGGACAAGACCCGUGCGGGCAUGAAUCGAUAUCUACCGAAUAUAAAAUUGUAUCUCAUACUUGGGUGGAUUUGGGGUAGAUAUCACCCGGAAAUUUAUAUC